UGUGUGUUUCCAUUUCAACGGCGCAAUGUUUGGCACACAGACACUCGGUGCCAAUCCAGGCUUUGGAAGCCCGACCGCCACAACCACAACCAAUCCGAUGAAGGACUUUGAGGUCACCUCACCGCCGGAAGACACGGUCUCGGCGAUGGAGUUCAGUCCGGCAACGUUGCAGCAGAACUUUCUCAUCGCUGGCAGCUGGGACUGUAGCGUGCGCUGUUGGGAAGUGGAACAGUCCGGUAAGACUGUACCGAAAUCCAUCAAAACGAUGGGGGGUCCGGUGCUGGAUGUGUGCUGGGCGGAUGAUGGCAGCAAAGUGUUUAUCGCCUCGACGGACAAGCAGGUCAAGUGCUGGGAUUUGGCGUCAGAUCAGGUGGCCCAGGUAGCGCAGCACGAUGCCGCAAUCAAAACCUGCCACUGGAUCAAGGGUACGAACUACACGUGCCUAAUGACUGGUUCGUGGGAUAAAAUGCUAAAAUUUUGGGAUACACGAACGCCGCAGCCCAUGCUGUCAAUUCAAUUACCGGAACGUUGCUACUGUGCGGAUGUGGAUUAUCCGAUGGCUGUCGUGGGCACUGCAGGACGACACGUGCUGAUAUACUCGUUGGAAAAUAAGCCGACGCAGUUCAAGCAACAGGAAAGUCCGCUCAAGUACCAACAUCGGACGGUGUCCGUGUUUCGCGAUAAAAAGAAGGCACCUACCGGUUACGCGCUCGGCAGUAUUGAAGGACGUGUAGCAAUUCAGUACGUUAGCCCGCUGAAUCCGAAGGAUAAUUUUACGUUCAAGUGCCAUCGUUCGAACGGAUCGACCGGGUAUCAGGACAUCUAUGCAGUGAACGAUAUCGCUUUUCAUCCGAUUCACGGUACACUGGCUACGGUGGGUUCGGAUGGAACAUUCAGCUUCUGGGACAAAGACGCUCGUACCAAAUUGAAAUCAUCCGAGACGUUGGAUCAAUCGAUUACCAAGUGCUGCUUCAACAGUAACGGUCAGAUCUUUGCAUAUGCCGUAGGGUACGAUUGGUCGAAGGGACACGAGUACUACAAUCCGCAGAAAAAAACGUACAUUUUCCUGCGCUCGUGCUACGAUGAGCUAAAACCGAGGGCUUCGAGCUAAGUAUCUAGCAUACAGGUUCUCUCUGUGGAAUAUCUUCGUACAUUCACUAAACCACGCUGGUUUGUUCGUUUCUGCUACAAUACCACGAGCUCGUUUAUUCUUGAUGCAGAAUUUUGGAAAUAAAAUCUAAUGCACGACAGCAACAAAGAACAUCA